AUGGCUUUUACAAUUAAGGAAUUAUUCCAAAUCCAAGCUGCUCUUUACACAAUAGUUCUCGUUGGAUUCAUACUUGCAAUGUUUAAAGUCUUUGUUCCUCAAGAAAUUUGGCCAUUAUAUGAAGUGGUAAGGCUUUCUUGCUUUGCUGCAAUGAUGUUUAAUUUAAUAGGCAAUACAAAGUAUUCAAUGGCUAAUUGGAAGCCAUUUUUCCCAAUUUUUAUUUCUCAAUUAAUAAUUCAUCUCGCUAUUUUAGCUGCAGCGUUUAUUAAAAAGGCUGAAUCUCGUGUUCUAACCUACAUUCAAUACGUAACAUCCUUCUGUUUCCAAGAGUGCACAAUUUUCAUUUAUCAAAUUCUCGAUGUUAUAUAUCCGAAACAAUAUAACGUAAUUGCUAUUAUGUUCCUACUCGCUGAAGAGUUCAUUUACAUCCCAAUUCUCAAAAUACUUUUGUUUGUCUUAAAUGGACCAGAAGAAGAGGAAGAAGAUUCUGAUGCCGUCAAAAAAGUACCAUCAGAUGAAGAUGAUGAGCUUCCUGAGCAAGAUGGUGUCGAAGGAGUUGAAGGAGAACCUGAUGAAAUUUCAAAAGAUGGAAAUCCAAAUGAAAUCAAAGAUGAUCAGCCAUCUGUACCAGAUCCAGAAGAUGUAAGGCCAGAAUCAACUGAAAAGAAGACAACAACCCUUAAAAAGACAAUUAUUUUCGCUUGGGUAAAUCCAAACACAAUUUGCACUAUUCUUGGCUUUAUUUGGGCUGGUAUUGGUGUUAAAAUGCCAGAUUUGAUGACAAACUUCAUUACAGACCUUUCAAAAUGUGUAAGCGGUUCAAUGAUUUUCGGAAUUGGUGCAAUGGUUGGAGGAAUCAACAUGUGGAGAUGGCACAACUUCAUACCGAUUGUAUUAUGUGUUAAUUACGUAAUAUUACCACUUUUAAUUAUCGGAUUUUGCAGAUUAUUUAAAGUUACUACAGAACAGUCCAGAUGUGUUGUCCUUAUGUCUGUUAGUCCAACAUCUCUCAUUGCCCUCCACCAAUUACCCGAUUCUGAUGACAUGAUCGGUCCAAGAAUCGCAUUUAUGUGGUCUGCACUUCUUUGGCUGCCAUUCCAAUUCAUUUGGGGAGACAUCCUCCUUUAUACAAGUAUUGUUUGA